UAUAUCAAUUUCAGAUAUGGGAUUAUGUGGAGAAGUUGGUAAUAUAGAUGAAACUAAAAUUUAUGGAGUCAUGCCUUAUGUAGCUCCUGAAAUAUUAAGAAGGAAGCCUUAUACACAAUCAGCAGAUAUCUAUAGUUUUGGUAUGAUAAUGUAUUUUGUGGCAACUGGAAGACAACCUUUUGAUAAUCAUGCACAUGAUUAUAAUUUAGCAUUAGAUAUUUGUAAAAAAGGAGUUAGACCUGAAAUAACUGAACCAGAAGCACCAAGGUGUUAUAUUGAUUUAAUGAAAAAGUGUUGGGACUUAAAACCAAAUGAUAGACCAGAUAUUUUUGAGAACUUAGCCCAAACCAACGAACAUAAGAACCUUGGAGCGGACCCUUACUAG